CGCCACUUCCCGCUGGAACACGGAAGGCUCGCGAGAACCUGCGCCGAGCCUCGACGUGGGUGAGCCGCGCUCUCGCGGGGGGCCGCGUCUGAGGCGGGAAGGCUGCUGUGAGUGGUGGAGAUGGCUCCAGACGCUGCAGACCUUGCUCCAGACUAUCAGUUUUGGCUGCAGAAGCUUUCUAUAUGGGAAAAGGCCUCCUCCAAGGAAACCCAGCAGGACACCUGUCUUCACCUGUCCAGGUUCCAGGAGUUCCUGAAGCAGAUGUAUGAAAUCUUGAAAGAGAUGGAUUCUAGAGCAAUCCUGGAAAGGUUCCCCAAAAUUGGUCAGCUGUUGGCAAAAACUUGUUGGAAUCCUCUCAUCUUAGCAUAUGAUGAAAGCCAAAAAUUUCUAAUAUGGUGCUUAUGUUGUCUGAUGAACAAAGAACCACGGACCCCUGGAGAAUCCGAGCUUAACUUCUGGAUCCGCGGUUUGUUAUCUCAUGUGCUUUCUGCAUUCAGAUUUGACGUGAAAGAAGUUGCUCUUUUUACUGAAAGUCUCGGAUAUGAGCCUGUUGAUUACUGCCCUAGCUUGCUUAAAAACAUGGUUUUGUCAUCAGUGUCUGAGCUCCGAGAGAGUCAUCUUAAUGGACUGAACACUCAAAGUCGGAUGGCUCCUGAGCGCAUGAUGUGCCUGUCACAAGUUUGUGUCCCUCUGGUUACUCUGCCUGAUUUCGAACCCCUGGUGGGGGCUCUCCUCACCUAUCAUGGGCAUGAGCCUCAGGAGGUCCUCUCACCUGAGUUCUUCGACGCUGUGAAUGAAGCCUUCUUGUCGAGGAAGAUCAUUCUGCCCGUGUCCUCUGUGGUCAGCCUCUGGUUUCGGCAUCUCCCCAGUCUUGAAAAGGCAGUGCUGCAUCUUUUUGAAAAGCUGCUCUCCAGCAAGAGAAAUUGCCUGAGAGAGAUGGAGUGCCGUAUACAAGAUUCAUUGCUGCCUCAAGCAGCCUGCCAUCCUGCCAUCUUCAGGAUUGUAGAUGAAAUGUUCAGGUCUGUGCUGCUGGAGACGGACGGAGCCCCAGAGGUGCUCGCCGCUCUUCAGGUCUUCAUGUCGUGCUGGGCAGACGCUCUGGAAAAAGAACACAAGCAGAUGAAGUUUUCUCUCAAGACCUACUUCCCGUAUGCUGCUCCGUCCCUCACUGCCUUGCUGUCCCAGCACCCAGAAGCUAUCCCACAGAGACAUCGGCUCCAGCCUCUGCUGAACAUUUCACAGCUCCUCAGAGAAGCAGUUGAAGACCAUUCUCAUGGGUCCCAGCGAGAUCCCUUCGAGAGCUGGUUUUUGUUCACCCACUUUGGAGGAUGGGUUGAUCUGGCCGUGGAACAGCUGCUGCAGGAGGAAGCUGAGCCCCCUGCAGACCUGCUGUGGCUCUUGGUGUUCUAUUACAGCCCGCAGGACGGGAGUCGGCAGAGAGCGCAGACUAUGGUGGAGCUGAAGGCAUUGCUCAGCCGUCUCCUGAUGCUGCUCAGAAGUGACCCCCUCUCCGCUGCUGAUCUGCUGAAAGUAGCUGAGAUUCCCAGUGCAGACCCCAGGCCACCUGUAUGCAGACAACUGGUCAGACGCCUGCUUCUUAGCCUCUUGCUCUGGACCCCAGAAGGCCAUGCAGUUGCCUGGGAAGCUGUCACCCAUAUGGCCCACACGGAUGCUGUCACCCAUGAGAUUGUUGGCUUUCUUGACCAGAUCUUGUACAGAUCGGAUCAUCUUUGUGCUGAAGCCUCACGAAAACUGGCCGGAGAGCUCCUUCAGGAGCUGAGCUCAGGCCUGGCUCGGGUCUAGCAGGCAGCACAGAAAGCACAGGGCCUGCGUGGGAGUCUGUCUGACAGGAAUGCUGGGCGUGUGAGCAGAGAAGGCCACCAAGCUGCGGUCCUGUGGAUUUGCUACAAGAACCCCUGCCCACGUGCAGAUCGGCUUCAGUGCUCAGAACCUCUACCUGGGAGAUGUGAUGGCUGCCGUCAGUCACGUCGAGGCACUGUGGCCUGAAGUGGAGAGCACUGGCUUUCUCUUGCAUUUGUGCAUCUGGGCUCAGCCGCCAGGGAAACCACUGAUCAGCAUGUGCUUGCUUGGUCCCUGUGUUACCCACCCUGCUGAUGGCCCACUGCAUUGCCAAGCUGCUCACAGGAGGAUGGGGCUGGACUUACCUGUUCCAUUCUAAAU